UUCAGAGGACAUAUUUCGCACAUUCGUCAGAAAUUUCAUUAUAGACCAAGCAAAAGUCAGCCGCAAAAUUGUAUUUCUGUAAUAAUAUCCAGUUCGUUUGUUGAUUAUAUUAGUUAAUUAAUUGGUAUAUAUUUUAUUUGUCGGCGUUGACGAAAAUGGAUGGGCAAAAAACAGCUGGUUCUGUGUUCAUGUGUCGGCUCUGCAAUCUAUUCUCUCCCACCCGCUCACUGCUGCUGGCCCAUUGCUCCGAGAUGCACCCCCUUCACGAGCCUAAUGAAGACAUCAUUGUUGCUUUGCAGCCCCUUGCAAGAGUACCCUUGGAAACGUUAACAGAGAGCCCAGUGAAGCGGAAACGAGGACGACCAAAAGGCUCCACCAAGAAACCUCGCACAGAUUGCACAAAUACCAGAGAAGACUCCGCCCAGGGUCCAUUAGACAAGGCCCAAAGACAAGAAAGGCAGAAGGAGGUUGCAGACGCACACGGUGGAAAUGACAGGAUAUCCGGGCUCAAAUGCAAUGACUGUCAUCGAUUGUUCAGCAACAGACGACAGAUCGUCAAACACAUCUGCUUGAAAGCACCAGACGAGGAAGAAGAAGAGGAGGAAGAAGAUGGCAUUGGCGACAUCUGUAGAAGAGAAGAAGUUGAGGACCCUCGGGGAGCAGAUCCAAAUCAAAGUCAGCAAAUCCCCAAAAGUUCAGGCACCAAGAGAAGAAAGAGAACGAGGAGUUUUCAACGACCAAGACCUAACAAGAAAAGUCGUAUGCUUUCUGAUGAUGGCGAACGUCACACAUCCAAAGAAGAUAGCCUUGCAACAGGAAGCAAAAAAAGUGUCAUCAAUGUUGUACUCACUGAAGAUGACUUACUUCCAGGUGUCACUAAAAUGAUUCCAGUUGAGAACAUUUCCACAGGAGCGGACCAUGUAAACAUUCCGGGUGAGUCUCAGAUCCAGAAUACUGAAGCCACUCAGGGUGAGACAACAGACAUUGUGAGUCAGUCCCAACCUACGCCUUGUGAUGAAGACCCCAAAGCAGACCAGGAGCUAAGUUCAGACAAAGCGACACCACCACCUGGAAAAGGCUUCCAGGAAUAUUCCAUCAAGCAGGAUGCUCCCAAUUUGCUCCAGAGCCAGCUGAAGGUCUUUGCCUGCGAGUUUUGCAAUAAGAUCUUUAAGUUUAGACACUCGCUCAUAUCCCACCUAAGGACACACACCCAAGAGAAGCCGUUCAAGUGUCCACACUGUGACUACGCAUCAGCCAUCAAAGCCAACCUGAACGUUCACCUGAGGAAGCACACGGGAGAGAAGUUCAGUUGUCAGCAGUGUCCUUUCCAAUGCCUGAGCCCAGGACACCUCAAGGUCCACAUUGAGCGAGUACAUUUGAAGCUGAAGCAGCAUUGCAGCUACUGUCAGAAAAAGUACUCUGAUGUGAAGAACUUGAUUAAACAUUUUGAAAAAUGUCAUAAUUUGAAAGACCCGCUUAUAUACAAGAGCUACCAGCAACUGAGGCUGAAGACUCGUCAGGGGCUCAGACAACUCCUCUACCACUGUCCCACCUGUCACCGUCGCUUUAAGAACCUCCUGGAGCGUGAGCGUCACCUGCUAGUCCACGGGCCCCAGCGGCCCUUUGCCUGCCUGCUCUGUGAACACGCCGGAACCAGUUUGGCCACACUCACCGCUCACGUCAGGAAGCAUCCGUUCUUGUACGUGUGCUGCGCGUGUGAGAAGAAGUUUGUCAGCUGUCAGAGACUCAAGAGUCACCUCACAGAGUGUCACUCUGACCUGGAGCAAGAGCAGGUGUUCACAGAGUGUAUUAAAAACAGCUUCUACUUGAUGAGCGGCGCAGGAAGCUUGUCUGGAGAUGAAGAAAGAGAGGACACAGAGAGAAGCAAAAAGCUGGAAGACAACAGCAGAGAAGAAGGUAGAAGAAAUGGUGAUGAUGGUCAAGAGUGGAGGGAAGGCGAAGAUGAGGAGCGAGAAAAUGAGGGCAUUCAAUUUCAGGGUGAAGAUGUAGAAGCACAGAGAACAAGUGAGGGAUGUACUCAAAAAUCGGAACCCAAAAAUAUCCCUGAGGCGCAACAGUGUGCCGUUCCCUCGGAGACGAACAACAUGACAGACCACAAUAAGCAAGGGCACACCCCUCACAUGGAAAACACACCCACGAAUCCAAACACACAAUUGGCUGAUGAUAACACUGAAGUAUCUUCUUUAUUAUUGGCGGAGAAUAAAAAUCUCCCCUCAGCACCUUCAGGAGAAGAUCAUCAAAGUCCACAAUCAGACAAGGGAUUGCAAUUAAGUGCAUUCCAGCAGGUGUUGUCGUCCCUUCCGAAGACACAUCUUGAUAUGGAGACAUUUCAGCGGCUCAGGAAAAUGUAUGGAGACCUGGAGUGUCAAUACUGUGGGAAACUGUUUUGGUACAAAGUCCACUAUAACGCCCAUGUACGCACACACACUAAGGAGCACUUGCACUACUGCUCAAAGUGCAACUACUCCUCCAUCACUAAAAGCUCUUUAAAGAGGCACCUAAUUCAGAAGCACAGUGGUUUGCUGCUGACAUGUUCUAAUCCGGGAUGUAAAUACACCACUCCUGACAAAUACAAACUACAAGCCCAUCGCAGGACCCAUCAAGAAGAGUGCAAGAGUGCACCCUGUCCCACCUGCCAUCAAAACUAUCCAGAGCACAGACUGAGACGGCACAUCCAAAUGUCCCACCCUGAUACAAUACUAGUUAAAGGACUGAUGGUAAAGCGUGCAGAGAAGUGCCCUUACUGUGAGUCUUACUACCUAAAGAACAGCAGUGACUUUCAGCAGCACAUCUGGGCCCACCAAGGCGUGAAGCCAUUCGUCUGCAAUAUUUGCGACUAUGCAAGCCGCAGCAGGAACAACCUGAAAAAUCACAUGAACCGACAUAACAAAGAAAGAUGUCACGUCUGUGAUUUGUGCGGUAAAACACUGAAAUCCAAAGUGUCGUUGAAGAGCCACAGACUGAGCCACACCGAUGAAGGGAAGCGGUUUAGGUGCCCAGAGUGUGACUUCACGUCUGCUUUGAAGGCUCCUUUGGUCAGACACAUGGAGCAGCACGCUGAAUUUAAGCCAUUCCGAUGUGCUCACUGUCAUUACUCCUGCAACACAUCUGGUCCCUUGAAGCGACACUAUAAGACAAAACACCCGGAUCAGAAAUACCAGAAUGUCGGAAAAGGUUUCUCUGACCCAGAGUAUUCAAGACAAGGUGGCAUCAAGUGCCCUGAAUGUAGGUUUGUUUAUGGCACCAAAUGGGAGCUGAAUCGACACUUGAAGAAGAAACAUGGCCCUAAACAGGUGGAAUGCACCUGGGAGGUGGAAGAGACAGUAGAGACACACUUUGUGCCUUUGGAGCAAGAGGAGCAGUUGACAGAAGAAAAUGUAGCUGCCCUGCGAGACAAUGGGCCUGUUAAUAUUCUUCAGCAGAUAGCUGAGUUUAAUUCAGAGACGCAUGACGCCAUCACCUCCAUGGUGGCCAUGGCCCCCGGCACUGUUGCUGUAGUAGAGCAGGUGGAGGGUGAGAAGGAGGUUGACGACAGCCAGCUGAUGGUUGUGAACGCAGAUGGGGAUCUUACGGGUGAGCAGGUGAUGGUGGUGGAGGAGGGGCACGGACUGGAGGCCCUGACGGUCCUCACUCAGGGCGACAGCAAUCACCACUUUAUUGUCUACGUCCAGGAACAAACUGUGGAAAUCAACUAGAAAUGCUUGUGAAUAUCGCUGCAGUAUUCUUCAACAGUUAUCAAUUGGUCUAUUUAUUCAACAUAAUAAAAUCAACCAAUAAGUACAUGUACAUACAAAAUGAAUUUAUAGAAGCAAUUACUCCGCUACCUCUGUCACCUGUUAGCAUUUGAUACAAAACGUGCAAUACCUUAGUGUGAUAUACCUUUUAUCUACAGAACUUCUUUAAUAAAAUCCCUGUUCUA